AUUAAGGGAAGUUUCAGAGAAGUUGAACAAAUAUAAUUUAAACAGCCACCCCCCUUUGAAUGUAUUGGAACAGGCCACUAUUAAACAAUGUGUGGUGGGACCAAAUCAUGCUGCAUUUCUUCUUGAGGAUGGUAGAGUCUGCAGGAUUGGGUUUUCAGUUCAACCAGACAGAUUGGAAUUGGGUAAACCAGAUAAUAAUGAUGGUUCAAAGUUGAGCAGUGGCUCAGGGGCAGGAAGGACAUCCAGGCCAGGCAGGACUAGUGACUCCCCAUGGUUUCUGUCUGGUUCUGAAACUCUGGGCAGACUGGCAGGCAACACCCUUGGAAGUCGCUGGAGUUCUGGGGUUGGUGGAAGUGGAGGAGGAUCUUCUGGUAGAUCAUCUGCUGGAGCUCGAGAUUCUCGCAGACAGACCAGAGUUAUACGCACAGGACGUGACAGAGGAUCUGGGCUGCUGGGGAGUCAACCACAACCUGUGAUUCCAGCAUCAGUCAUUCCAGAGGAACUCAUCUCACAGGCACAGGUUGUUUUACAAGGGAAGUCCAGAAGUAUUAUUAUUCGGGAACUCCAGCGAACAAAUCUUGAUGUAAACCUUGCUGUAAAUAAUUUGUUGAGUCGUGAUGAUGAAGAUGGAGAUGAUGGGGAUGACACAGCAAGUGAAUCAUAUCUUCCUGGAGAGGAUCUUAUGUCUCUUCUGGAUGCUGACAUACAUUCUGCUCACCCAAGUGUCAUUAUUGAUGCUGAUGCUAUGUUUUCAGAAGAUAUUAGUUACUUUGGUUAUCCAUCCUUUCGGCGCUCAUCACUUUCCAGGCUAGGCUCAUCCAGAGUUCUCCUUCUUCCCUUAGAGAGAGACUCUGAACUGUUGCGUGAACGUGAGUCCGUGUUACGUUUGCGUGAACGAAGGUGGCUCGAUGGAGCCUCAUUUGAUAAUGAGAGAGGCUCCACAAGUAAGGAGGGGGAACCAAACCUGGACAAGAAGAAUACACCUGUUCAGAGCCCUGUUUCUUUAGGAGAAGACUUGCAGUGGUGGCCAGAUAAGGAUGGAACAAAGUUUAUUUCUAUCGGAGCUCUGUAUUCUGAGCUCGUGGCUGUUAGCAGUAAAGGAGAACUCUAUCAGUGGAAGUGGAGUGAAUCAGAGCCUUACAGAAAUGCACAGAACCCAUCGCUACAUCAUCCACGAGCCAUGUUCUUGGGAUUAAGCAAUGAAAAGAUAGUGCUCCUUUCUGCAAAUAGUAUUAGAGCAACUGUUGCCACUGAAAAUAACAAGGUUGCUACGUGGGUAGAUGAAACUUUAAGUUCCGUAGCUUCUAAAUUAGAACACACUGCACAGACGUACUCAGAGCUUCAGGGAGAACGGAUUGUUUCUUUACAUUGUUGUGCUCUUUACACGUGUGCUCAGCUGGAGAACAACUUAUAUUGGUGUUGCACUGCUAAAGCUGUUGCUCCUAGCAGUGAGCUGCACAACAGCCUCUUUUUUCCUAGCAAAGUGCAGAGUGCAUCUUGCCAACUUUCCUCUUCAUCUGGUUCCGUGUGUUUAAGAAAUAACCCCCUCUAUCAUGCUGGAGCAGUUGCUUUUUCAAUCAGUGCUGGAAUUCCCAAAGUGGGUGUGUUAAUGGAGUCUGUCUGGAACAUGAAUGACAGCUGUCGCUUUCAGCUUCGCUCGCCUGAGAGCUUGAAAAACAUGGAGAAAGCUAGCAAAACUACUGAGGCAAAACCUGAAAGCAAACAGGAACCAGUGAAAACUGAGAUGGGUCCUCCGCCAUCCCCAGCUUCCACUUGUAGUGAUGCAUCUUCAAUAGCAAGCAGUGCAUCAAUGCCAUAUAAACGUCGACGAUCUACUCCUGCCCCAAAAGAGGAGGAGAAGGUAAAUGAAGAGCAAUGGUCUCUGAGAGAAGUUGUGUUUGUGGAAGAUGUUAAGAAUGUUCCUGUUGGCAAG